UUGUUGGACGGCGCUGAGAAGAUCAAGCACAAGGAGUUGAAUGAUAAAAAAAAACAGCUGCAAAAACGCAGGAUUCCGUGUCGCAAAACAACCCCGAUCCAUCCGAAUGGAGGCGGCCAUCAACCCGUCUCUUGACAGCAGCUCUGUGGGAGUAGGGCUGUCUGUCUUGGGUGGGAUGGAGCAGAGUUCGGGCAAGCGUAUUCGGAAACCCUCGCUGCUCUUUGAGGGCUUUGAGAGCCCGUCUCUGCCCCAUGUGCCUCCGCCCCACGUGCCUCUUCCCGGACCCCCUCCGCCCCAGCAGCCCCCGGUGACAGACCCCAGCCGACUGGGACGCUCCACCAAUCAGCUGCAGUUCCUCCACAAGGUCUUGGUGAAAGCGUUGUGGCGCCAUCAUUUCGCAUGGCCCUUCCAUGAACCUGUGGACGCGGUCCGACUCAACUUACCUGACUACCAUAAGAUCAUCAAACAGCCGAUGGACAUGGGCUCAAUCAAGAAACGACUGGAGAAUAACUACUACCGCAGCGCCAGCGAAUGCUUGCACGACUUCAAUACCAUGUUCACCAACUGCUACAUCUACAAUAAGCCUACAGACGACAUUGUGCUGAUGGCACAGUCUCUGGAGAAGGUCUUCUUACAGAAGGUUGCCCAGAUGCCCCAGGAAGAGAUCGAGUUGCCUCCUCCUACCCCUAAAGGCAGAGGAGCAAAAACGAUCAAAGGACGUAGAGGCAAAGGAGGAGGAAGUGGUACAUCUGCACACCAGGUGCCUGCCGUGUCCCAGUCAGCGUACUCUCCUUCCUCACCCGACACUCCAGAUUCCCAGUUUUCCACCCCACCACAGACCCUACUGAGCAACAGCGGCCCUCCUCCAUCGCUGAUGACCCCAACACCCACCCAACCCACUGCAAAGAAGAAGGGAGUGAAGCGUAAAGCCGACACCACCACUCCCACCACACUCGGCUUUCCCGUGAAGGGAGGCAUGGGGAAAGGUCACGGAUCGGCCGGAGAGAUGCCCCACUCGCUCUCCUCAGUGCCCGUUGAUUGUUCACCCAGCAUGGGUGUGAAUGAGCCCACAAACCUCCAGCCCAUCUUGGGGCGACCGCUGUCCCGUCGUCCAAUCAAACCUCCCCGUAAGGACCUGCCCGACUCAGUGAGGCCCCAUCAGCGGCGGGGGAAACUAAGCAAGCAGCUUCGCUACUGCAGCGGCGUCCUUAAAGAACUGCUGUGCAAAAAACACGCGGCGUAUGCCUGGCCCUUCUACAAACCUGUGGACACAUCAACACUGGGCCUGCACGACUACCACGACAUCAUCAAACACCCCAUGGACCUCAGCACCAUCAAGAGGAAGAUGGAUGAGCGUGAGUACAGAGACGCCCAGCAGUUUAGCGCUGAUGUCAGACUCAUGUUCUCUAACUGCUACAAGUACAACCCACCUGAUCAUGACGUGGUUGCCAUGGCACGAAAACUGCAGGAUGUGUUUGAGUUCCGCUUCGCGAAGAUGCCUGACGAGGUUUCAGAGGAGGAAUUGUCUCCAAUGCCAUUAGGUCGGAAUAUGGGCAUGCUGGGAAUGCACCACUCCUCCUCUUCAUCCUCCUCUUCCUCGUCCUCUUCCUCCUCGUCGGAGAGCGAGCCGAGCAGCGACAGCGAACCGAGCAGCGACAGCAGCCCGAGCUCAGACAGCGAGGAGGAGAGAGCUCAACGCCUGGCCCAGCUGCAGGACCAGGUGUGUACUCAGCUCAGAGCGGUACAUGAGCAGCUGGCAGCCCUCUCCUCCGGCCCGAUUGUCAAACCCAAAAGGAAACGAGAGAAAAAGAAAGACAAGAAGAAGAAAAAGAAGCCAGAGAAACGCAGAGGAAGUCGAAGUGUGAUGAGUGAUGAGCGGGACAAGCCUGCCAAACUGCCUAAAAGCAAAUCUAGCCGUGCUUCACUGUCAUCCACACAGAGCAAGAAAGGCCCCGCGAACAAAAGCAGCAAGAACAAGAACACAAAGAAAUCAUCCUCACCUUGUUUUGCGGCGGCUGCUGCCGUCUCCUUACCGCACUACGACUCGGAGGAGGAAGAGGACGGUCUUCCCAUGAGUUACGAUGACAAGCGGCAGCUCAGUCUGGACAUCAACAAGCUGCCCGGGGAGAAACUGGGCCGCGUGGUGCACAUCAUCCAGUCACGGGAGCCCUCGCUGCACGACACCAACCCCGAGGAGAUCGAAAUCGAUUUUGAAACGCUGAAGCCGUCCACGCUGCGUGAGCUGAAGCGAUAUGUGAUGACAGUUCUGCGCAAGAAGCCCCACAAUCCGUACGUGGUGAAGAAGGGAGGAGGUGGGAAGAGCCGAGAGGAACUGGCUCUGGAGAAGAAGAGGGAACUGGAGAGGAGGUUACAGGAUGUGAGCGGACAGCUGAACUCUGUCAAGAAACCCCAGAAACCUAAAGUGGAGAAGCCCAGCGGCUCGGAGCCUCAGGCCAUGGCGUCACGUCUCAGCGCCAGCAGCUCCAGCUCAGACUCUUCCUCAUCGUCCUCCUCCUCAUCCUCAUCUGACACCAGUGAAGAUGACUCCAGGUGAAGAGGACUCUGGGAAGGCACAGGAAGCGGGCUCUCUGGGGCGCAUUCACAGUGCCUCCUGAAUCCAGGAACUCUGUUUACUUCAGUGUAAAAAAUGUAUAUACUAUCAUUUUUUUUCUUUUAUAAAGAAGACUUUUACCAAGAUGCCCAUAAUGGGAAAGAGUGUGUAAUCAUAACUACUUUUCUUAGUUGACUGAAUAGCUUAUUGUUUUGUUUUGCAUCCAUUUUGACCAUUUAGUUAAGUCUUGGAACAUUUCUUGCUUCUUUUUGCAUUGCUUUAAAGAUCAGGACUAGUAUUUAAAUCAACCAAAACUUGUAUGAAGGACCUUCAAAGGGGAAAUUAGAGAAUGAAAAUU